AACAAAAUGGCGGCGGUUUGUUGGUAAACAAGUGUUACAAGUGCGUCCCUGCCAGAAAAUGCAGACGCCAGAACUAUGUCGGACUGCAAGGCUCCAGAUCCAAGCGUCUUCAGUUAGAUGACAUCCUUGUACAUCUACAGAGUCGUUUAGAAGCGAAUUUAAGGCGUUCUUCGUCGAAAAAAAAUGAGCGGAGACCGAGGGAGUAGUCUACCGUGGAGUUGGCAGCAGGUGUCCAGCUGCCCCCUAGCGGCUAGGGUGUCGCACACUUGUAACGUGGUUCGUGGCCGGCUGGUGAUUUUUGGCGGCACCUCCGUGGCGCAGUCAAAAGAACCCCUCAACGAUGUGGUCCUGUUUGACCCGGUAGCAGGGUGGGAGAAAGUCAGAUGUAAGAACGAAGGUCCUGCCAGAAGUCAUCACGCUGCAGUCACCAUCUCAGAUCGCUACGUCUGCGUUGUCGGCGGCUGGGACGGUAAACAGCGCACCUCCGCAGUUUCCGUACUCGACACGGACUCCCUGACCUGGUCCGACCUCCGACCCGGCCCAGGGAAUGACCCUCCUGUCGGACUCAGCAGCCACACGUGUACCAAGCUGUCGGACACGGAGAUGCUUGUGGUCGGGCGCGAGGGCGGAGUUAGGAUGCAGCGCCGCUUCGGGAGUGUGUUUCACCUCAAGGUGGACGUGGAGAAAGGACGUUACGAGUACCGGGAGGCGGCGUAUCACGCCUCAUCGCGAGCGGGGCACACGGCGAGCGUCAUUAAGGUACCUGGGGAGAAAAACUGUGCCCUGAUGGUGUUCGGGGGAAGGGACUCGGGGGACUACGAAAUCAUCGGAACCUGGAAACCAAGCAAAAUACAGGUCGAAGAUUCCAGGUGUUCAGAUUUGGAAGCCGGCUUCACCAAGUUAGUAGAACAGGGCGUGGCCAAGAAACAGGUGCCAAAAGGAGUCCACCACCACACGGCUUCUACCAUUGGUCGAUAUGUCGUGUUCUACGGUGGCGAAUGUUUCGCCCGCGCGAGGGAUACCGUUUGCGACGAUAUAUUCCUCUUCGACGUUGGAGGCAAGCAUGGUGUCUGGUAUCACCUCAAGCCGUGGAACGAGAAAAACUCGCUAAAGAGGUCUGGUCACGUAGCGUGCAGUCUAAAUGGACAGUUGUUGGUAGUUGGGGGCGUAGGGCCAGAUGCUAAAACUCCAUGUGGGGAUAUCUAUGCACUAAAGAUAAAUUAGACUUGUAUUAUUUGCCCCUUUUCUGCAAAUUUGAACAGUGAAAAGUACUACAGGGCUUCCUCAGAGAUUCAAAAUGCAUGUACUGUUAGCUAGGAAAUAUUUGUGGCAGUUUUGUGUGAUCCCUCAUGACACAAUACUAUAAAAGUACUGUUUCCCCCUCCUAUUGCAAAAAUCAAAUUGACAGUAUCUUAGUCUUCCGUGCCAGAACACCAAUAAGCUUGUUUGCAGAUGAACAGUUGUUCAAGAAUUUACUGUUGAAAUAUAUAUUUGUGUUGAAGGAAGAUGUCAUUUUUUUAAAUCCUAUUUUUACUGUAAAAGUAUGUUCAUCUUUGCUCUUACAAACUAUGUGUUGAGUUUCUUCUUGAUUUCUGACUGAUAUACAGGAUUUACUUGACAUAAACAGAUGGAAACAAACCUACCCUUGGUCUGUGU